GAACUUUCUCCCCUUAUAAAACGCCAAAACUUAAAACCAAAACUUAGCUGCCUUUUAGUGUCAAAUCUCUUUCCGUUUACCAACUUCUCAUUUGAUAGUAAGAGCCAGAAAGAAAGAAUAAUGGGAUCUCUCUUCUCUGCCCUUGCCGGAGACUCAGCCGCCGCUGCCGAAGACAACUCGGCCGAUCACUCUGGAGUCACUACUUUCCACUCACCUGAGCGAUGGCAGCUCCACUUCAAUUCCGUCAAAGAUUCAUCGCAGCUAAUGGUGAUAGAUUUUGCCGCUUCUUGGUGCGGGCCUUGUAAGCUAAUGGAACCAGAAGUCAAAGGCAUGGCUGUUAAGUUUACAGAUGUGCAGUUCGUGAAGAUUGAUGUGGAUGAAUUGUCUGAUGUGGCUCAGGAAUUUGGAGUACAGGCUAUGCCAACAUUUGUGUUGGUGAAGAAAGGGAAGGAAGUGGAUAGGAUUGUUGGAGCUAGAAAAGAUGAGCUCCAAAGGAAGAUUGAGAAGCAUAGAGCUCUUGUUGCUGCUACUUGAAGUUUUCUCCUUGUAAAAACUUUGACUAUUACUCUUUUCCCUUGUGUUUAGUUAAACUGCUAAUGUGUUGAUAAACAAUGUUUUUACCAAUGUUGAUUGUUGAAUAAUUGUGCACAUCAUUGAAAUUGGAAUUGUUAUGUUCUUGUGGAUAAAAUUAUGGGUUUCUUUUGUGAA